CUGCCUCUCGAUCUCCUCCGCGCGGCCGCGCUUGCCUCUCCGGCCAUCCAUAUCCGGUCGCCUGGCCGCUCGCUGGCGCACAACACCCCAUCACGGCAGCGCACAACCUCUCUCUCUCUCAGUCUCUCUCGAUCUUUUCAGGCAAGUUGUAGGUUUCCAGGUGUUGAAGGGUUCUCAAUUUUUUUCAAGUUCGUUCUCGGCAGAAGAAAAGAAAAAGGAAAAAUGGCUGGAACUACUUCUUCUUCGGCAUCUAAUGCAAUGUCGGAGACGACUGCGGCAUUGAUACGCAACUCAAGUGAUAUGGGUUGGGAAUUUGCAGAGUUGGCGGAUGCUACAAAUGUAGAUAAGUUAAAGUGUAAGUUGUGUGGAAAACUAGUGAGUGGUGGAAUACAUCGACUCAAACAACAUGUUGCCAACAUCAAGGGGAAUGUCACCGCAUGUAGGAAUUCUUCGGAUGAUCAAAAGGCAAGAUGCAAGAAAGCUAUUGAGGAAGGAAGAAUUAAGAAGAGACAAAAGUAUGUGCAUGAUUUAGAAGUGAGGGAAGAAGUUAUCAUUGAAGAAGAUGAAGAUGAUAGUGUGAGUGGAGGAAGAAAGCGGCGUAAUCUUGGACCUAUGGACCGUUAUGCAUCUGCUAUCGACCCUGACUUCUCAAUGCAUGGAAGUGGGAAGAUGAGGCAAUAAAAUAUUAAUGAUGCACUUUUCAAGGAAAGAACAAAAAAUGUGCAUCAAUAUUUGGCUAGAUGGGUGUAUGAAGCCGGGAUCCCUUUUCAUGCUAUUGAUAAUGAUAGCUUCAAGAGGUUUGUGGAAGCGGUUGGUCAAUUUGGCCCGGGUUACAAACCUCCAAGCCAAUACCAAUUAAGGGAGCCAUUAUUGAAGGAUGAAGUAGAGAGAACUAAAGGUUUAUUGAAGAAGCAAGAAGAAGAGUAGGUUUUGAAUGGUUGCUCUAUCAUGACCGAUGCUUGGAGCGAUCGAAAAAUAAGAAGUAUCAUGAAUUUGUGUGUCAAUUGUGCGGAAGGCACAACUUUUCUUUCUUCUAAGGAGGCAUCGGAUGAGUCACACACCGGGGCAUAUAUUUUUGAAUAUGUGGACAAGUGUAUUGAAGAAAUUGGGCCACAAAAUGUGGUUCAAGUUGUGACGGACAAUGCUUCAAAUAACAUGGCGGCAAAAGAUUUAUUGAAGUUGAAAAGGCCAAACAUAUUUUGGAUUUCU